AUGUCCAAUGCUACGGGUUCGGGAAUAGUGUUCGAGGAGCGGAAUGAGGCGUUCUAUGUGAGUCUCCCUAGUCAUAGCUCUUCAUUUACAGCAGAAGCUUUCGCGGUCAAGGCGGCCCUAGAAAAAGUGGAGUAUGAGAAGGCACAAGGAAAGAAUAUUGGCAACAGCAUUUUAAUUUUAUCAGAUUGUCAAAGCGUGUUAAAGGCUAUUAAGAAUAAUAGGCUUGAUGUGUAUAAAAAUCGGUACAUAUUAGAUAUUAGAAGACGUCAUUUUAAACUUAAAAGGGAGUAUGGAUUAACAAUUGUAUUCGGAUGGAUACCGGCACACUGUGGAUAUGUAGGCAACGAGGCGGCUGACCUGAUGGCAAGAAUUGGUGCGCAGGGUGAGGCAGACGAGAGCAUAGAGGUUCCUAUAUUGGAUUAUCGCAGUUUAUUCAAGCAGGAGUCGUGGCAGCGAACCCAGGAGGUUAUAGUCAGAGAAAGUGGAUACAAGGGCAAAGUUUACUUUAACUAUUUUUAUGACAAAAAUAAGAAAAAACCUUGGUUCCAGAAAAUCAAAGCUGACAGGUAUUUUUACUCGUUCGUAAAUAGAAUUCAAGCCAAUCAUUACAAUUUAGGAGAGUCAUUGGCAAGAAAAGGUUUUAUCGAUUCGUCGGAAUGUGAAUGUGGGCACGAGAAGGAGGAUAUCAAUCACGUGAUCUGGCAGUGCAGUAUAUACGACCGACAGAGGGAGAGAAUGGGCGAGGAGUUGGUGAAGCGCGGCAUAGCGGGAACCGAGGCUAUUGAGGUUAUAAUACAGCGAGAAGACUGGUUCAAGCUUGGAGUGAUUUACAACUUU